GUAGUAGAGUAGUUCAUAUGUAUCGUAGGUAAAUUAGCUGAUACAGUUUCCCUCUCUGUCUAAUUUGAAAGUUUUUUAUAUUCUUGUAUUCUUAUUUCUACCUGCUUUUUGUGUUCACGUUUUUACAUGGAGUAUUUUUGUUAUUCAGCAGAAAUUUACCGAAAAUCAUUUACAAGUCGUCUACCUUUACAAAACAGUUUUUAACAAAAUGGAAAUGACUGAAUUUGAGAAAAGUGUUAUUUUAAAACAAUUAGCUAAAGAAAAGAAAAUUGCAAAUAGUACCUUUACCUUUACUGAAGAAUAUGAUAAUGAAUUUGAUGCAUUUGCUAAAUAUUAUGCUGCUAUCAAAUCAAAUGGAUUCAUCUCAAAAAUAUUACAGGAAAUUGAUCUCAUGAGGGACCCUUGUCAGUUAUUUGAAAAGGUUUCUAAAAAGUCACAGUAUCAGCAAUUAGAUUUACAUUACGAGGAUCUAGCUAUAUCUAACAGAAAUCAGAAUAUUUGUUAUGCAACGGAUAUGGUAGAAUUACAGACGACUGCAGAAUCGGGGAGACACCUAAUAGCAGCUCAAAAUUUAUGUACAAAUACAGUAUUAAUAAACGAAAUACCUACAGUGUUACAAGUUACCCCACUUUGUAAAUGUUUAGGAAAUGAGGCGACAUCUCUUUAUAGGUGUCACCAUUGUGGUAUUGGCUGUGGAACCUUUUAUACUUGUGUUACCUGCAAUUUAUGUAUAUUCUGUUCGAGAACGUGCUAUGAAAUAGCCUACGAAGAAUAUCACGCCUACGAAUGUGACGGAGUCCAAAGACACUUUUGGCCGAUAUGGGACGACACGGAUUACAGCUACCUCUCUCUGAGGAUGAUGCUCUACGGUGCUAGUCGAGAUUUCGAUGCCAGUAGUGGAAGCAGCUUCUACGGCAAUUCAAGUAAUAAUUAUCCUUAUAUUUAUGAUCUAGAAACUCAUUUUAGGGAUAUGUCUACUGAACAAAUCAAUAAAGUAUUAUAUAGUUCCGCUAAAAAUUUGUUAUAUUUGAUAAAUAAAUCCAAUUUUUUUACUAAAUUUAAACACAAAGGAUGCAUGGAUAAAUUUUCGUUGUACAUUGGAGGACUAAUGGUGAAACACUACUGCCAAGCUCAAAUAAAUAACGUAUUAUUGACGUUUCCGAACUUAAAUUUAGCGUCAGGACUGAACACGAUGAGCGGUACCGGAAAAGCCAUCUGCCCUACGAUCGCUCUAAUCAACCAUGCGUGUAAUCCGAAUGCUACGAUAAUAGUUUACGCUCAUUACAUCGUUGUUAAGACCAUCAGGCCAAUCAGACAAGGUGAAGAAAUAACUUUAUGUUAUUCUGAAAUUAAUGGAUUUUUACCGUUAGAAGAUCGGCGGCUAGUAACGCAGCAUUUUCUGUUUUUUACUUGUAGAUGUUUGAUAUGUGAGUUAGAAGAAGCUGCGAAUGAGCGUCCGUUCAAAUGCCCUUCUUGCGAAAAUACUGCCAUUAAAGAGAUAGAGAUGGGCGUUCGUAAAUGUUCUGGAUUUUGUGCACUUUGUCACAGAUCGGUGAAUAUGAAUCAUAUAUCUAGGGAAAUGAAGAACGUUUCUAAAUACAGAAAGCUUUAUUAUAGCUCUUUUUCCAUAGAACACCUAGAAAAAAUAGCGGAAUGCUACAAAACAAUAUUUCCGCCAAAUUCUCUGCAGCUUUUAGAUAUAUACAAUAUUUUAUACGAAAAGCAUCUCCUGUGGGGAGGUAAUGAACACCCAAUGGAGAGGCUUAAAUACGGACUGUUGAUAUUUGAAAUAAUAGAAACGAUAUUUUCCCGACUGUAUCCUCCCCUUUUGGCCGGUAAACUUUUAUUUUUGGUCAAUGUAUUUGAAACUGUGGAAGGAAUAACACAAAAUAGGGAUAUUCCACCGGAAGAAUUCGAACUUCUGAAAAAAUACGUAAAAGAGGUAUUCCAAAUCAAGAACGACCUUCUAUUUUACUUGCCUUUAGACAAAAUCUCGUAUUACGUUACUCUACAGAGCAAGGUUAAAAUAGAAUUUGAUUGGGUAAUAGAAAUAAUCAAAUUGAUAUCUUCAUAUGAAGCUAAAAUUGACGACCUUUGAGAAACGUUUAUACUCUAAAUCAAGUAGGUAUCAAUCUGUCCAUUUCAAAAUUAAGGGAACACUAGCACUAGAGACUCCAAUAAAAUCUGAAUCGAUGAUGACCAGGGAAUAAUUAUUAUUAUUUGAACAAAUUCUGACAUUUACGGAAAACAUUUGUAAACUGUAUUUAUUUCAAUUGUAGAUAUUUGUAUCAUGGUACAUAUUUUUAUUUCAAGAGUAUUGUUUUUUUCGAUUUUGUAAGUUGAAUGUACGCUGAAAUUUAUCUAAUAGUAGAAUAUCGGAUAUAAGGCCGAUUAGCACCGAUUUGUUUAAUGGAAGGAAUAAAAAUUGUUGGAUAUGUAAUUUAGUAUGUUAAUAAUUAUUAUAAAAAACAAGGGGUGUCCUAUCUAAUUUUGCUCUGACUAUAAUUAAUUAAUAAUUAAAAAAAUAUUUUUUUUAUAAAGGACACUGCCUACAUCUUAUGAAAAUAUAACGUUACUCAAAUGAAAUAAAUUUUACAGGAAUAUAUUGGUCUCGAAAUUACAAUAAUUUUAUAUAAUUGCGUUAACUCUGAACUAUUAUUAUUAACGGCGGUAAUUUAAAAUCACAUUUUUGAAGUCCAUAAAACUGUCAUUCAUAAAUAAUAUUAGUCUAGUAGUCUAGUGGCUAUUCACAAGUAUUUGCCCAGCGGAUUAGAGGAACUAUAUUUUGUACGCCUGGUCAAAUUAUACCUACCUAGUUUAUUAUCUAUAAGCUUCUGCCUUAAAGAUUUUUAAAGUGGUAAUUCCGAAAAUCUUUUUCUCUCUUUGACUCAUUUAAAUUCCCAUUUGAUUUUAGAUUUAUUUAUGUCAAUUUACACUGUUAAUAAUAAUAAUUCAGAGUUGGAGCAAUGAUAUGACAUUAUUGAAAUUUCGAGACCAAUCUUUUCAUAUGAAUUUUAUUUCAUUUGAGUGACAUUAUAGUUUGGUGUCCUUUAAUAAAAGUUUUUUCGGCCCGGGCAGAUGUUAUUUUAGGUUUUUUGGAUCAUUCUAAACAAAAAAAGUUCUUAAGUUUGCAAAGUUUAAAAAACGAUAGAUUUUCAUGGCUCAAAAAUAUCAUUUUUGAAAUUAAGAAGUACCUAAAUUCAAGUUCAAACCUUCUAUUAGGCCCUGAUAAAAAUCUUUGCCAUGUUUUAUUUUUAAAUAUAUUUCAUCUGGCUUGCAAUUUUUAGAAGCCAUGGAGGUAUUACCAGGAAAUGGUCCAAUAAGUUUUCAAUUAAAGAUCUUUUAGGAGAAUAUUUUUAAUAUUUUUCAAUACAGUAGAGCGUCGAUUAUCCGAACUAAUUGGGGGACAUGGGCGUUCGGAAAACCGAUUUGUUCGGAUAAUCGAACUAUAUUGAGAUUGUCAUACAUAUUUAUCCACAAGUGAAUAAAAACCAUAUUUAUAUAACUGUAUAUUUGUUUAUACCUUGAUAAUGACAAAUAGCAAUUAAACAAAAAAGUGCAUUCUUUGCAACAACAUAUUUUUGAAUACACAAUUGAAGAAAAUUCAAGAUAUUUUAAGCGUAAUUACUAACGCUUGCUCAGUACUCGAGUGCGGGCCGCAGGACUCGGGAGUUCGGAUAACCGGUCGUUCGGUUGAUCGACGUUCGGAUAAUCGACGCUCUACUGUAUUUUUAAUAUUUCUAUUAGGUUGAAAACUUUAAAACUUUGACUUUCAGUUACCAGUUGUCGUUAGACACCUACUCCAUAAACGUCAGUUGCAAUACGGGGAUAAGCUCUCGGAGAUUUGUCACUUGGGGCAGAGAGCAGUAAACCUACGCCUCUCUGAUGAUGACUUCAAAUAGAGUCGAAAAUCGUCGAUUUAGAGUGCUGGUUUGCGCUCUCUGUUGUAAGUGAAAAAUAAGACAGUUGUGCCUUCGCAUUGCAAUUGAAUAAGAAUGGUAUACAUUUUUAUUUAAUUUUAUAUUGGUUUUACUCCUUUGAGUAACUAGGUCCAUUUUCCGUUGGAAUUUACCAGCUGAACAGACGGGGUCGUGAAUUGAAAGUUUUUUGAAUUUCCUCUUGUCUUCUUCGCUUCAGCAUCCAUCUGGCUUGCAAUUUUUAGAAGCCAUGGAGGUGUUACCAGGAAAAUGGUCCAAUAAGUUUUCAAUUAAAUAUCUUUUAGGAAUAUUUUUAAUAUUUCUAUUAGGUUGAAAACUUUGACUUCCUUAUAUUUUUUUAAUUGUUAAUGAGGAAGGUUCCUUAUGGGAAGACGGGCGAUCGGGCUUUGGCAACUAAAAAACAAUGUUUUAAAAUGAAAUACAGUAGAGCGUCGAUUAUCCGAACGUCGAUCAACCGAACGACCGGUUAUCCGAACUCCCGAGUCCUGCGGCCCGCACUCGAGUACUGAGCAAGCGUUAGUAAUUAACGCUUAAAAUAUCUUGAAUUUUCUUCAAUUGUGUAUUUAAAAUAUGUUGUUGCAAAGAAUGCACUUUUUUGUUUAAUUGCUAUUUGUCAUUAUCAAGGUAUAAACAAAUAUACAGUUAUAUAAAUAUGGUUUUUAUUCACUUGUGGAUAAAUAUGUAUGACAAUCUCAAUAUAGUUCGAUUAUCCGAACAAAUCGGUUUUCCGAACGCCCAUGUCCCCCAAUUAGUUCGGAUAAUCGACGCUCUACUGUAAGUCCAAAAUACUUACCAAGAAUUGGUAGAAUAAGGUUUGAAUUUGAAUUUACAUAGGUACUUCGUAAUUUCAAAAAUGAUAAUUUUUAGUUAUGUUUUUGAGCUUUGAAAAUUGUCAUCUUUCGUUCUUUUUCAGUUUUAAAUUGUUUAUAGCUCAAAAGCGAUUAACUUCGAGGAAAAAUUACAAAAGAUUUUUUUUUGUUUAUCCAAAAAAUCUAAAAUUAGCCCAAUAAAUGACCGUUUUGGAGUGUAAUUUCCAGGGGCAACUCCGAAUUGCAUGACAAUUUGGAUUUAGGUUCUACUUACCCUCCACUUCAAAGUUGAAUUCGUGCCGUUGGUUGCUUUUACUUGGGGGGUGACAUUUACCCCUUCUCGGGGGGUGAAACACGCGUGUUUAAAAUAAGGCCUGAAAUGGAUAAACUGACUUAUUUUAAGCACCUUUUGUUCUAUAAAGUUUUUUACGUAAGUCAAUACUUUUCGAGUUAUUCGCGAUUUAAAAUGUUGAUUUUUCGACAAAAAAACUACGUUUUCAGACUGUUUUUCCGAAAUAACUCAAAAAGUAAAUAUUUUAUCGAAAAAAAUAUUUUUAGCAAAAGUGUAGCUUAUAAAAAAACGAAAAAAAUCGUGUACCAGUAAAGUCUACAAAUUGAGUAGAAGCAAAGUUGUAGCUCAUGAAAAAUACAUUCUUAUUCGUCUAACUCCAAAUCGAAUAAUUCAACGCGAAUUCACCGAAGAAAGAAGCGUUUUCGGGAAAACCUUAUUAACAUUUUUAAAGUAUCGAAAAAGGCUUAUUAUUUGUUUUUUACAAAAGUUUACAGCAUCAAAAAUAAACGAGUUACACUGAAAAAAAAAUUUGGAUCCUUUUUGUUGGUAAAAAAAAUCGUGAAAACCGCCCUCUAUUUGGCACCCUAAAUGAAAUUAAUCGUUUGGCUUUACCAUUUAUUUUAACUGUAUGUGUAUUGUUUAUAUGAUCUGUAAGUUUGAUUGGUUUGAAGGGCUUAUUUUUAAAAACAUUUGGUUUUAUAGCAAAAAAAAAUUUUCUAAAAAUUUUUGAAAAAUUUCAUUUUUUUAAAAUAACUUAAAAAGUAUUAGUGAUAAGAAAAAUCUUAAAGAGUAGAAAAAUGUAGAUUUUGCUAUUAAAAAUAUGCUAGUUUUAUUUUGUUUCUCCGUAAGACAAAAAUUGGUUAAGAUAUGGCUGUUCAAAAUUUGCAUACACUCGUGAUUAGUGACCCAUUCAAGCUUUCUCAAUUAUAACCCUUUCAAAAAUAAACACUUUAAACCGGUGAGACUGACAGAUCAUAUAAAAAAUAGAUAUGUAAGUAAAUUGUUUGUAAAGCGGUAGCGAUUAAUUUCAUUUGGAGAGCUAAACACGGCGAGAUUUUCAUGAUGUUUUACAAAAAAAAAAAGAGGGCCAACUUUAUUUUGAGCGUAACUGGCUUAUUUUUAAUGCUAAAAUUUUUGUUUAAAAAUUAAAACAAAGCUUUUUAUAAACACUUUAAAAAAGUUUAAAUGGAUUUUUCCCGAAAAGUGCUUAAUUUUUCGGUGAUUUCACCUUGAAAUAUUCGAUUUGGAAUUAGACGAAUAAGAACGUAUUUUUCAUGAGAUACAACUUUGUUUAUAUUUGAUUGAUAGCCUUCACUGAUACACCAUUUUUUGGGGUUUUUUAUAAGCUACACUUUUGCUAAGGGUAUUUUUUCGAUAAAAUAUUUACUUUUUGAGUUAUUUGCGAAAAACCGUCUGAAAACGGUAGUUUUUUUGUCGAAAAAUCAACAUUUUCAAUGGCAAAUAACUCGAAAAGUAUUGACUUAAGUAAAAAACUCUAUGGAGCAAAAGUUGCUUAAAAUCAGUCAAUUUAUCCAUUUCUGGUCUUAUCUUGAACGUAUGUUUUUUCACCCCCGAGAAGGGGUGACUGUCACCCCCCAAGUAAAAGCAACCAACGGCACAAUUUCAACUUUGAAGUGGAGGGUAAGUAGAACCUAAAUCCAAAUUUUCAUGCAAUUCGGAGUUGCCCCUGAAAAUUACACGGUAUCGCCGAAUUUCCCGUUCAUUUACUGGGCUAAAUAGUAUCUGCUCGAGCCUAAUUUUCUUUUAAUUUUGAAAAAUAAUAUUUUUUUUUAAUUAUUAAUUAAUUAUAGUUAGAACAAAAUUAGAUCGGACACCCCUUGUUAUACAUAUCCAUUUACCAUUAUCCAUCGGACACCCCAAAUUACAUAUCCAAUAAUUUUUAUCCAUUCAACAGAUCGGUACAGAUUGACCUUACAUCGUAUCUUAGACUACAAGCUGUCUCCUUAUUUUAAAACUUUUAGAUUCCAAAUCCUUAUUUUGUCGUGAGUUAGUUUUUGUUUUUCUUUUUAUGCGAAAUGAUUCCCAUAAGAAAUUAUGCAACAUUAUAAGUAUUUUAUUUUAUGUUUAUUUUUGUACAAAUUGACUAUUUUCUAGAUUUGAUUUAUAAGUCUGAAAAAAAUUGUAACUGAUUUUUAAUCUAGAAAUUAUUUUUUAAUGUGUAUUUUUGAUCUCUUUGUUGAUUGACUAUUUUUGUAGUAUUGCGUCUAUUUUUGUACGUGUUUUUAAAAGACUUAAAGUAG